CCUGCACUCAGAUGGGAUCUCAUUCCUGUGGGUUUCACGUUCUGGACAGGCAGUCAAACUUCAAAGGCAGAGCAAGAAUUCCCCGGUGGCGCCAAAACCGCAGGAUAAUAAACAAGGACGUUCCGGUACUACUGCACACUUGCCUUUUGCCAUUUCUGCUCAAUAAAGAACGUGCCUCGGGACAUGUUGCGGCCACGGCGCCGCUCAAGAAUCGAGAUCGGACAGUUCACUUCAUCUCAUCUCAUCUCAUCCCCCCCUCCGGCGGCAUUAUAUAAAUCUCUCUGGAUCCAACACACCACAAGCCUGCAAUGAUUCUUGUCUCGUGACACACACACCUUGAGAGCCGAGACUGAGACGCACUGUUCUUCGCGCUCAAUUUCUCUGAUCCGGCCGCGUUCUCGAUCCAUGGCCAGCCUCGUGCACCACCAGGCAGCGGCGCCGAUGCCGAUGCCGGCCGCGGCAGCGGAUGACGAGGCGUUCAUGCCGCAGAGCUUCGGGUGCUUCGGGCGGUCGCUGUCGAGGGCGUCGUCGGGGCGGCGGCUGGAGUACCGGGCGCUGGCCGGCGAGAGCGAGGAGAUGAGGAGCCGGCAGGAGCGGUCGGCGAGGGCCAAGCUGCGGUGGAAGGCCGUGGCGCAGGAGAUCAUCAUGGCGAGCAGGAGGGCCGGGGGCUCAGGCGGCGGCAGCGGCGGGCAUGGAGCGAGGAGGAGGAAGGCGGCGCUGCCGGCAUUCAGCUACGACUCCAGGAGCUACGCGCUCAACUUCGACCAGGGCGACGCCGACGAGUAGCGAGAUCGAGGUCGCUGAAUGGCGAGAACGCAUGUCAUUCAUGCAAAAUUGCCUCGGUGGCGCGCACGAGCGUGGGUGCCGCGCGCGCGCGCGACGGCGACCGGGCGGGUGUCGCGGCCGGCGAGGGAACGGAGCGCGCUCCCGUGGCUUGGGGAGAGGACUCGGGGUCAAGUUCUUGGGGCCGGAUCUUGAUCUGGUUUGUGUUCUUUGGUUGGUUGAGUAUUGAUCCGUCCUGACACAUUCGUCUGUGGUGUAAUAAGAUUAUAAGAGAUGUUGUUUCAAAGCAUUCUGCAUUUCCCCUGCUUGUAAAUGCUGUUUCCAGCAAUGUUUGCAUAAUCAAUCCAUGCGUUGCAGUUAAGCAGGGCAUGUGCUACUUUGAAAA